CCACGCACACUAAACCCAAUCAUCUUGGGUUGGAUCCUCUAGCAGCCCAACUCUUAAAUUUUUAGUUCUUCCAGUGUGAAUCAGUUAUAUUCUUGGGGAGGAGAGAAAGGUUGAUCCUGGAAGAAAAUCACCAGUGAAAAGACUUGGGCUGCUUUUGUUUUUACCUACCUGCGCCGAACAAAUUUGACUUCCGGAGUCAGUCAUUUUGGUGUUAAGAAAUUUCUUUGGUGUUCUGCAACAGGUUCCGAAGUGUCUGGAAUCCAUUAGAAACUGAAGCCACGGAGAGCCCUCUCAGCAGCCUUCCCCUCUUUUUGGAACAGAAACCCACAGAGAGUUGUUUGAAAACGUCUCAUUCACACACCAGUUGAAGGCGAGGCUUUGGAGGUUUUCAGAGUUAAUGGUGUGCCUCCCUUGGAUGGACAGUGAGGACUAACGUUCCACAGAUUGCCGUUGGAGGACCUGAGAACACAAACCUUUCUGGUCUGCAUUCCCCUCACUGAAUGGCGUUUGCAGCAGCAGCACACUGAGGGAUCUUUUCCUUGGGGUUCUGGACUUGGAAGUCGGAUAACCAGGCUGGGAAGAUGCUCAGUUCCAUCAAGUGCGUGUUGGUGGGUGACUCUGCUGUGGGGAAAACCUCUCUGUUGGUGCGCUUUACCUCGGAGACCUUCCCGGAGGCCUACAAGCCCACGGUGUAUGAGAACACGGGCGUGGAUGUCUUCAUGGACGGCAUCCAGAUCAGCCUGGGCCUCUGGGACACUGCUGGCAAUGACGCCUUCAGAAGCAUUCGCCCCUUGUCCUACCAGCAGGCAGAUGUGGUGCUGAUGUGCUACUCUGUGGCCAACCAUAACUCCUUCCUGAACUUGAAGAACAAGUGGAUUGGUGAGAUCAGGAGCAACUUGCCCUGUACCCCCGUGCUGGUGGUGGCCACCCAGACUGACCAGCGGGAGAUGGGGCCCCACAGGGCCUCCUGCAUCAAUGCCAUCGAAGGGAAGAGACUGGCCCAGGAUGUGAGAGCCAAGGGCUACCUGGAGUGCUCAGCCCUUAGCAACCGGGGGGUACAGCAGGUAUUUGAGUGUGCCGUCCGAACUGCCGUGAACCAGGCCAGGAGACGAAACAGAAGGAGGCUCUUCUCCAUUAAUGAAUGCAAGAUCUUCUAAACCCAAGAGACUUCACCCAGCUCUCAUGUAUGCACCCCAAAGACUAAAGGGAAGAGAGAGAGCGUGCAUGCUGGGAAGGGUUGGUGCUCUUUCUGGGUACAUCCAGAGCAGAGUUUCCUUUUGGAUACAGUUAUUGAUGAGACUUGGCCAUUGGAUGUCUUUACUAACUACAUUCUACAAACGAACACCUUGCCCAGUCCAGUUACGAAAUCCUUUGGGAAGCUGUCGUGACUAUUCCAUCUUCGAUUAAAAGACUAAAAUGGUCUCUGUAAUUUUGGACGAUUAAGUGAAUUUUCCAAAGAAUGCCAUAUUUAAAGACACAUUUUAUUUAAAUAGUAACAAAAUUUAUAGCUCCUGUAUAUAAUUAGUUUUCACACUUAGAAAGUCUUUCCUACAAAAUUGCAAACACAAACUGCUGUAUAAAUGAAAUAACCUUAUGGAGCUCUA